AGAAUAUUGAAUCGGAGAGUUAUGAACUUAUGCAGUUGAAGCUAGCACAUAUAUUUGACAGUGAAACUUGCCUGGUGACAUAGGAUAACAGCACCAAGAUGGGGCUGUUUAGUCAACUAGGAUUACUACUACAAAAAAAUUUACUAUCUAGAAUAAGAAAUCCGGUGCUAUUAAUACUUGAAGUGCUAUGGCCGAUUGCACUUUUUAUGAUAAUUGCUGGUAUGAGGACAUCACUUCAGCCCACCCCAAAAACUUCAUGUACAUAUAACGAAAGAGCGCUACCGAAUGCCGGAGUGCUACCAUUUAUGCAGUCAUUCGUAUGCAACAUUAAAAGCACAUGCACAGACCCUGAUGCGGCAGUUGAUUCUAGUGGUACUGUCGAUGCACAAAAGGGGAAUAGGAUCACAGAAAUAUUCUCCCAGUUACAGCCUGUAGUAUCCAAGGGCGACAAGACUCUCACUAUAUUAAAGGAAUUACCAAACACAUUGGAUACAUUAGAAAAAGUAGUAGAUAUUAUAGACAAUACUACACAAUUAAUAGAACAAAACACAUUUGUAUUACGGUCAUUUUUCAAAGACCCUGACAAAGUGGUGACAUAUAUUUCUGAAGAUCUACGAAUACUUCCUGCAAGUUUAGUCAGUGAAUUAUUAAAUGCGACACUGAAUGUCACUCGGAUAUUUAAUCUCGCCAGUGGUAACGGGAAAGGCAUAGAGUUAAUAGAAAUUGUAUGCGACCCUGUCAGAUUUGGGGAGUUCUUUAUAUUUGAUGAUCCAACGAUAAGCGUGACACAAAUAUCACGGGAAUUAUGCAACAUUGAUAACAACCUCAUCCCAAAUAUAACAGCCCUCGUGCAACAGCAACUUGAUGUGGAUAAACUGAUCAACAUUGCUAUCCAGGUGUCUAAUGUUUUGGGAGAUGAAGAUGCAGCACAGAUAGUGAAAGACAUUGGUGAACUGAUCAAAUUAUUGGCUAAUACAGACACUGGAUUAAAAAUUGCUGACUACGAACAGUUAUUGAAUAUGGCUGAACUUUUCAAUGUGCUAUCUGGAUUUGUCGGAAACCUGGAAAGAUCACAAGUAUUCGAUGAUUUAAAUGUAUAUGCUGAUAUCAUAAUGAAGUUGGAUCCCUGGUUGGCACAAUGGUUUGGUGAUGACCCAGUGUGGGCAGGUAUUAAGCAAGGAUUGGAGUUUAUGCAGCAAAUUGUCAGCUGGACCUCCACAGCCUCAAAUAAUGUCAGAAAUGUGACAGUAUCUCUCGGGGAUAUCUUGAAAGAUGCAUCCCUAGAUGACCUAGCCAAUCAUACCCUAGGUGCAAGUGAGGUCCUAGCGAAAUCUACCCUCAACAUGGGAAAGUAUGUUGCAUUGAUGGCACGAGUGGCAACAUCUGGGGACAACAUUGGAGCAGUAGUAUGUAGCACAGCACCUGGAGAGGGUCUACUGGGGGUUUUAGACUCACCCCCUAAUAUGGAUAGGGCCCCUUUAGAGGACUUUAUAAAGGCUCUGUGUUCAGCUGAUAAUGAAACCCUUGAGAUGUUUUUGAAUCAGUUCAGUUACAAUCAGAUCACUAGCAUUAUUGAAAGCAUGAACUCACAGGCUAACAAUACCAUUGGUCUACCAUUGAACUUUACUGUAAUUCUCCAAGAUGCAAAAAAUAUUUUUGACUCAUUUUCAAAACUUGCGGAAGAGCUGCCACUCAGUGAGACAUUUAUCACCCAAAUCUGGAACAACAUUUUGGGCGUACUCAAUGGCAUCCCUCUUGGUUUGAACUCAACAAUGACAGUAGAUUCAACACUACAGACCAUACUUGACUCACUGGGUGGACUUCAAUUGGUUCUCCAAACUACUAAUGAUCCUACCACCAAUGUACUACUGAUUGUGGCUGACCAUUUUAUGGACACAUUAGAGAUUGCAACUUCUAUUAUUCCUGACAUCACUGGGUACAUCUACAGAUUGGUUACUGAGGAUGAUAAUGCCGGGCAACUGGUGUUUGACAUCUUGGAGUCUGGUCCAAAUGGAACACUGGCUGUCAUAAAGGCAUUGCUCGACCCUGAAGUUUUGGAGAGCAUAAUAGUUGAUCCAUCCCAACUCCAAGUCAAGCUCUGCAAUGAGACCUGGUUCUCAAUGUACGUAGAUGUCCCCGCAAGUAUGUUUGAUAACAUCAAGAGUAGUCUCUGUGACAACCUAGCCUUCCCAGCAAUAAUUGAGAAGAUACGUGCUGACGUGAGGGCUGAUGAUAUGAUAGCUUCUUUCAACAAAUUCCUUGAGGUUGCUAAUCUUGCACAAGUGAACAGCUCAGCCCUUCUGGGGCCAGAAUACUCCCAGAGGGCCAAUUUGGCUCGUCUCAUAGAGAGAGGACAGGAGCUGGGAAUGAGGCUGAGUACAAUAAAUGAUGGACAGGACUUACCAUGGGAAAACAUUCUGGUGAAAUUCAAUGAAACAGGAGAUUGGAAUGUAAUCGGUGAAGCUUUGAUGCAAGAGUUUCAGUUUAAUGCCAUAUCUGCAGUAAUUCAGAGCCUGGGCACACAGUACAUGGUAUCUGACCUGGGCAGGAUCACAAUGGGCAAUGAAUGGAUGAGAGCCCUCCAUGUUCUUGUCAAAGCUAUGAAUACUAACCUGGAUAUUCAGAGAGGCAUUGCAUCAGUUAACAGCCAAUAUGGCCGCCUUGUAUACUACAUUCAGGAAUAUGGAGCUGACAUUGUACAGAGUCUGUUUGAUGGUUACUCUGAAAAGCUUGCAUACUUAACACAGCAAGAUAAGAAUGUUUUUGAGAUCCUAUGCAGUUCUCAGGCUGAGGAGCUAUUCACAUUUCCCAAGAGAGUCCCAGUUAUGGAGAUCCAAUGGUUCAUGUGUAGUAUCCUCAAUGGAACACAGCUCCAGAUGGAGCUAUACGAGCAAACAUAUGUAGCUUGGACUAACAUGUUUCAACAGAUGGAAUUCAUUUUCAACCCUAAUUCAGCACUCCCUCCUCCCGAAGAUUUCCCCUGGGACGAAGCGAUAAGUGAUGGCAAAAGAUUUUACGAUUAUGUCUCAUCUGAACCACCUAAAGGAAUAUGGAAUACAUUUACCGAGUUAAACUUGACUGAGUUCAUAAAUGCUGUCUCAGGCGCACUUGCACCCAUGGCAAGUACACUUGCACCCAUGUUGAAUGGCACAAUGAUGACCCCAGCCAUGACCAGUGAAUUUUCAAACUGGGUAGAUGUGUUUGUACAGACAAUGUCUAGCAUUGACUUUGUAUUGGGGAACACACCAGGCUGGUAUGAGGCCAAACAAUACAUGGACCUCAUGAAUACAAUCAUGACAGACUGGAACCAAAUGAUGGCCAAAUGGGAUGAGUCUGGGCUACAAGUUAAGGAUGUGUUAGGUGAGGGAUCUGCUCUAUACUAUGUCAUAGAGAGCACUUUGGAUAUGGUCCCUGAGGCAAUGGAUGUGUUGAUGAAAGCCAUGAUACAACCGGAUCAGGUGAUGAACCAAUUAAUGACUGUGUCUCUAAGCGGUGGCACUCUCUGUGGGACCCUCAAGCUUAAAGAUAUGGUGACCUUUGAUGACCCCAAUGUUGCGGACAACAUCCAGGAUGCAUUCUGCUCCCUCUCAACCAAUGGAACUAAUUCAAUAAUGCAGACCUUAAUGGAAUCACCUCUAAUGAAAGAAAUCGUUAGGUUUUCUAUGGAUCCAACAUUCGAGAGAGUCCCACUAACCAAGGUUGACUUCAACAUGAUGGGAGCAAACAUUAAAGAAAUGCUCAACAACAUGAAUAAACUCGUUGAUAAGAUGUCCAAAUAUAGCAUGGAGGAUCUAGCCAAUAGCAUUAGUGAUGAGUUCCCUGGAUUGAGUAUGUCUGAACUUGAAGGAAAAAUGAUGAACAUUAUGCAAUCGAAUCCAGAUCUUGCAAGCAUUUCCAUUGCUGCUGGAAGUAGCCUUAUACCUUUGUUAGAGCAAGCAUUUGGCAGAGAAGGUUGGUGGAACAUGUACAAGGUGCAAGUCUACCAGAUGAACCUCUUACUCAAGUUUAUAAACUACCAGGUGAAAGCUCUAAAUGGUAAUUCAACACUGAACAUCUUGGAGUACAUCAACUCAAGUGAGCUAUACAGACUGUUGAGGCUACAAGCUCUGAGCCCUGACAUUGUUGAUACACUGCUACAUACAGUAGCCACCAUUAGCUCAAACCCAGCUGAAGCAACGAAGUGGCUAGAUACGAAUGCUCUGAUGAAUGUGUGCAGCAAUUCAACCGUAUUCGCACAUUUCUUCUCUAAGUCGCCUUCGUCCUCAGUAGACCAGAACACACUCUUUAGAGUUAUAUGUGAAAGUAUCACAGUUAAUGAGACCUUACUGUUAAGUGAACUUACCAACAACCUUGCAGGCUUUAAUGAAUAUUUCAAUUCUUUGAUGAAUCCACCUGCUAAUGUGGACCUUGCUGCUAUUUUACCAGACUUUACCAAAACAGUUGAUGAAUAUGUUCAGGCCAUUACCUCCCUAUCAACAAAGCCAUUCCAAAUUGAAUAUGGUCUUGAUGAUAAGUGGAUGAAUGAGACCGUUUGGAUGGCAAUCUUUAGCAGAUUCGCACAGUCUUUCCUGACCCAGAGUAUCAUCAGCACAAAUGCAACCACUGCUGACACAUUGGCAUCCCUGUUCAGCACCGGGACUGACCUACUACCAUAUUUGGAACCCAUGCUUGCUCCACUAUUGGAGACGCCUGGCGUUGCGGAGAACAUUCACCGCAUAGAUGCAAUAUUAGGAUUUUUAAUUCAAGAACUUUCAACAUUUAAAGGUGAACCCAAACGAUUGGCUGAGAUAUUGGCAGGGUACCCAGAGCUUAUGAAGUUUUUACGAUUAAUGGACCAUAUACCUGAUGUUGCAUAUGUCACAAUAAGAACAUUAGCAAUGGACCCCGGUGCAGUAACCAAACUCACCAGUAUACAGAGCAUUGAAGAGCUUUGCAGUAAAGACCUCACUACAAUCCUCAACAUACCCGAUUCUAUAGCUCAGAAUAUAACAGAACUCUUCAAUACAAUGUGCAGUCUGGACUUGAACAAAACGUUGACUGAAGCCACAGCAUUUAGCGGAGCUACAACCAUCAUUGAUUUGGUAAAUGCUGACUUUUCUGGGCGGGGACCUGUUGAUCUACAGGAGAUGAUAAACAAAGUGACAACCUUACAAGCCUUGCUUGAUGAGCUCAUACAAGGAGAGCUCCCUAUUGUCUUAGACCAGAUGUGGCUUGACCCGGCUGUGUGGACUAAAGUGAUUGAGUCCAUUAGUAGAGAUCUCCCAAAUGAGGAGACAGGAGUGUCAAUGUUAAGCUUGGCUGCCGUAGAAUCCAUCUUUCCUGUGUUAGAGCAGUUGCUUAGUAGCAUGCCAGAGUCAAGGGAUAUAUGGAGUAUGAUUAAACAACAGUUGUACCAGCAGAACCUGCUCAUGAAGUUUCUGAAUAAACAAAUCAAGGCUAUCACUAGUAAUUCCACAUUCAACAUCUUAGAGUACAUCAACUCUAAUGAGUUAUACAGAUUGGCCAGGAUACAAGCCAUCAGCCCAGACAUUGUUGAUACCCUGCUGCGCACCAUAGCUGCUAUCAGUUCAGAUCCAGCUGAAGCUGCUAAGUGGACAGAUACAAAUGCACUUAUGAGGGUUUGUGUCGACUCUGCAGUGUUUGACAAUUUCUUUGCUAAGGCUCCUUCAACCUCAGUCAACAGGACUACUUUAUAUAAGGUUGUAUGUGAAAGCACCAUGUUCAAUGAGACUGCAUUGCUGAUGGAGUUGAUGAACAAUCUAGAAGGAUUCAGAGAGUACUUUAAUGUUCUGACCAAUCCACCUGCGGAUGUAGAUGUCGCAAAGAUUUCUGAUUUUGGUAAGACGAUAGAUGAGUAUAUCAGUAUAUGGACAUCAUUUGCUGAGAGUCCUCUAAUGUUAGAGUAUGACCUCCAGUCCCAGUGGAUGAACCAAUCUGUAUGGUUAGCCAUCUUGAACAGGUUCACUCAAGCAUUUAUGCCUGCAGACAAUCAAAAUGCUACAAACAUUGUUGACAUAAUAUCUGAAGUGAGCGCAGGUGUAUUGCCCGCUUUACAACCUCUACUUGGCCCUCUAUUGGAGACCCCUGGUAUUAAAGAGAACAUCCACCUAGCAAAUGCAUUCAUUGAUAUGCUCCAUGCAGAUCUCACCAAAUAUAUAGCUGGAGGUGAAUCUAUUGAUGAGAUGGUCUCCAAAUACAGAGAAUUGCCCAAGUUAUUGAGGGUCCUGACUCACCUGCCCGAUGUAGUACAUGUGGUGCUACGUACAGCCAUAUUCAAACCAAAUGCUAUUUCCAGUAUAACAAGUUUAGAGCAACUUUGUACAACAGAGCCCUCAGUUCUGUUCAGUAUUCCAGACUCUAUUGUCCAGAAUAUAACAGAUCUGAUUGGCUCGUUAUGCACCUUGGAUUUCAACCAAGUUAUGAUAGAAGCGUCAGACUUCAGUGGGACUAAUGACUACAAUGCUUUGUUCAGUGCUAACUACACUGCUCUUGGACCUAUUAAUAUCCAAGAGAUGCUGGAUCGACUAUUGAGAUUGCAGCCAUUGGUUGAAAAAGUAAUGACGGGAGAAGUCUCUUUCAUUGCUAACCAGAUGUGGCUCGACCCGGCCAUGUGGAACAAAAUAUUUGAGUCUUUGAAUCAGGAUCUUUCUAAUCCUGCCUUUUUGGACAGUUUGAUGAGCAUAACAAACCAGUUGGAGACAGUAUUGACCAAUGUAUUGAGCGUGUCUGCUGGUAACAUGACAGAAAUGUAUUCAGGCAUAUUGGAGGCUCUGCUAGCUGCCUCCAAACUCACCGAGGGAUUAAUAGCUGACCCUGCAUACUUGAAUAGAUUGACUGAGCAAUUAAACUCAGGGGACCUCUCUGGUCUGAUGGUAGUGACGACACAACUGGAACAACUCCUGGCCACAUAUCUUGUUACACCAGACAUGGCAGAGGCAGACAGGUACAACUUUGCAGCCAUCCAAGUGAUGCUGUCAAUUGUCAGAGAAAACAUCCAACUGGUCAUACAAGGUAACCCACUGGGUUCAAUAGAAUUGUUCUACAAAGACUCUGUUGAGUUUAAGAAGCUGCUACAAGUACUGGAUUCAACCCCUGAAUUGCUGGGUGUCAUUAUGCAUACAUUAGUGGACCCACAAAAGGGUGGUAAGGUAUCGGCUAGAUUUCAGAACGCGAGUAUUGACUCUAUAUUCAUUGUACUAUGUGGGAUGACUGACCAGGACCUAGCUGAUUCAUUCGUCAUCCCAUUGGGCUACUCCAUUGAUAUGGUCAGCAUUAGGGACUUGUUUUGUUCUGUUAACUUCAAUGCAAUAGGAGGAGAGCUAGAGACAGCAUUCAACAAUGUGUUCAAUGGUGAUCCAGCAUUGAUGUCUCCACCAAACUCGACAACAUUUGUCAAUGAAUUGAACUCUGUCCAAACCUUGAUGACAAAGCUUAUAAGUCAGAGUAUGAAUGGCUCUCUCUCCACCACAGAGCUCCAACUGAUGGGGUUGUUUAAUACACAACGUUGGGCAGAGGUCUUCAAUCAGUUCUUCCAGAGCGUCAGUACGCCUGCACCAAUUGGACAGGAAUUUGACUUCACAAGUUUAUUAGCCUUACAAGGUGUGAUUGGAUUCCUCCCUCCUGAGAUUACGAACCCUUUGAACAAUGUCUUACACCCUCUGAACUUUGCAAUGGAUAUAGCUAUAGAGAAAAUCAUUGGACUUAACAAUUCAGCCAUACAAUUGAAGCAGUUAUUCAAGCAGUCCCCUGAGAUAACAAAACUUAUAAAACUUCUUGACAAGUCACCAGAAAUAACAGAGAUUUUACUGGGUUCUGUUAAUAAUCCAAAGUUUAUUGAGCUGCUAAGUGAACCCAAUGCUACUGUGGUCCUCGUGAAUAUCUGUUACAACCCCAUGUUCAACAUUGAUGAAUACCUAGUCGUCCCCGAGGGCAGGGGCAUUGACCUCACAGCACUCACUCAAGAGUUCUGCAAGGUUGAUAUCACCCAACUGGCUGUUGAAUUGGAUAAGGAGUUCAAGAUAUCAAUGUACAAUCCUUACAUAAUGGAAAAGAUGAGCCAACCUGUUAAUUUUACAGAGGUUGUUAUGAAAGCCAUAACCCUAGGCACCCUAACAGAACAGCUUAUACAGUCAGGUAUAGCUGGUGGAUUUGUAGUUGAACAGUGGAUGAAUGAGACAGCCUGGCUUUCAGUGCUUACCCAAUAUGCCAUGCAGCAGUCAGUUAACCCACUGGACACGAGUUUACAGGGUCUCGGUCUGGCACUUACUCCUUUUGUUGAAGAUCCAAUGUUAAAUCCAAUUGUGUCUUCGAUCGAAAUCCUUGUGAAAAAUAUGAAUGGAAUUCUGGGUAAUUGGCCAGGAAGGACACUCACACUGGAGGACGUAUUUGCUAAUGAGCCAGCAUGGCGGGAACGGGUCACAGCCGUGGCAGAAUUUUCCCCAGAUAUAUUGGAAACAAUCCUCACAGCACAGAUUAACAACCCAGGUGCUCUAUACAGUCUUGCUCUUGACCCUGAAGGAUUUAAGACAUUCUGCGACAAAAACUAUGACCUAGCAGAGAUCUUCAAACUUCCACCAAAUGUGAACAUCAGUAGGGUAAAAUUGUUGAUCUGCGAAACUAACGAGACUGUCAUCUGGAUGGAAGCAUUCGCUAAGAUCGGUGGUCUAGAGAUCAUGCAACUGCUUACAGCUCCUUCUGGAAGCCAAACGCCAACUGGAAAUCUUACUACCCUCCUGUAUCAUAUAGAUCAGUUUAAUAAGAUAUUCCAAAACUUAAUAUCAAAUCCGCCAAACUUUCAAGUACCAUUUAUUGAUGAGGCAGAAGUUUCACGGAUACUGCAGGAGUAUGUGGCCAAGUUGAAUCUGAUGCAGAUCAAUGAUAUAAGAAAAUACAUUCCAAUUAUUGAAUCGUUCUAUCAGGCGAUUGAACAAGAUGCCUUAUGGCAACAGGUGAAGCCCACCUACGAUGGUAUGAAAGUGGUCUUGGACUACGUGAAUGACAUGUUCAACAUGCUAUACAUCAACAGUGAAGAGAUAAAUGUAGCAAGGCUUUUCAAGAACUCUUCAAGGAUUGCUGUAAUAUUAGAAUCUGCUUUCAACCUUGGUCCUGAUGCUGUGAGUGCAUUGCUCGCUGCGACUUUUCUCAGACAAGAAAAGGCUGCUGAAUUAGCAUCUCUCAUGCCAGCGCAAGUGGAACAACUGCUCUGUAACGAGGCCAAGCUGAGAGAAUACUUCUUUUUGCCUCCCAGUUUUGACACAGGGGCUUUUACUGGUGCCUUGUGUGGAAUAAAUGAAACUGUCUUAGUUGAUGAAUUGGAACAGAAUUACGUACAGAACAUAAUGAUGCAGAUUAAUUCAGUCGUUUCAAAUCCUCCACCCAUGGACGUCCGUAGUUACCUAGAGACCAUGAUUAAACUCUAUGAAAACAUUGCUAAACUGUUCAACAUCAAAUCCAUCAAGUACAAUGACCAUGACAUUGCCAAGUUCUUUGAUGUUUCCAUGGAAGCAUUGAACAAUAGCAUGGUUGUACAAUAUUGGUACAAUGUUUUCCUCUCUCCAACUCUGGAUACAAACAUACUUGCAUCAAUACUGAAAUCACUCGAUGGUAUUCUGAUGUUAAGCCCUGAACUGCGUAAAAGUUUGGAAGGAGUAAACAUUGCAGCCGACAUCCUUAAAGGACGCCUAGAAGGAAUGACUGAAUUGACAUUGGAUAGUUUAUUAAGAAAUGCCACCUUGGUGAAGACCUAUUUGAGAGAUGUUGUAGGAGUAGCCCCUAAUGUUGUAGAGUCAUUGUUAGCAGUACAGUUAACCCCAGCUCAAGUAAAUCAGAUGGUGACAUAUCCUACUUACAUUGUGACCUUCUUGUGCCAAGAUCUCGCCUUACAAGGCGCCUCCUCUUCUGUGAGAGAUAAACUGUGCGCUAUAAACGCUGAUGAUAUUCUCAUUGAACUGCAAGCUGAAGUUGAUGUCACAGCGUUUAUUACAUUGGUACAGCCAGAUACAACAUUCACUGAACCAUUCAACUGGACCAAACUUGUGAUGAAUAUUCAAAUGUUUAGCACAGAAUUCCCACAAAUGUUGCAAGCCUUGCAACAGCCUACUUUUGAGAAGUUCUUCAAUAUGAAUCAGAACUUAACAGAUUGGCUUGCAGCUUGGGGCAACUUACAGCUACCUGGCAU